CUCCACGCUCACCGCGGUUCACACAUUCGCAGCUCGUACGCGGCGUGCGGUCGUCGUCUGGUGUCCGUUACGCGGUUUGGUUUUUUGAACGUUAUUUUUUUUUUUAAAGUUUUUUUUCGUUGUUUUCGUUUUUUUUUAUUAUUUAUUCGUGUUAUUGGUUUUUUUUUUUUACAUUUAUUCUCACGACAUAAACCAACACUGCAGGCGAACGAGCUCGUGUUCGAGAAUCCGUUUUUUCUUUUUUUGGUUUGUGCACAACAACAGUGGUUUUUUUAUCCGUUUAGCGAACGCGUUCAGUUCGGUGUGCUCUCGCCGUGCACUGUUCGAGAAACAAAAUACCCAAAUUACUGUUCUGGGUAAAAGCCAUACCGUCAUCGCCGUGAUCGGUCGUGUGUUGUCUACCGUCGUCGCCGGAGUAUUAAAAACAAUUUCCAUUCGGGGAGGGUACAUAAUUCUAUCAGAACGGCAGCCGUAGCAUCUUUAUCGCCGGAAGGGAAACCGGUGCGACGAUUAAUGAGCACUUCCUGUCAACCAGCAAGAAUAGGAAGGUCGCCGAGAAAAAAGAUACCCUAAUAAUCAGCUCGGGAGUUGAUUACUUUCGGCCGACAUAAUACUAUUUUAUUGGCGAUCGAAAGUAUUUUAGCCUUCCGUAUAGUAUAUUUUUAUUAGUGCGAUAGAAGGAGCCCAAAACGACAAACGGGACUAGAACGGGGAUUUCCAUUAUGAGUGCGAACGAAGACAAAGAUACGUCUCAGCCCAAGACUUCGUUGGGACUUACUACCAUUCAGAACGAACACCUCAAGUCUCUCAGGGAUGAGUCCAAACAUUUGGACGAACGCAAUUUGGACGAGGAGAUGGAACGGGUGUUUGCCGGUGUUUCCAGCGGAGGUCCUACCGGUCGGUUCGACUUGGCGAGAUUUGCCGCCGGACGAUCGCCCAAACCCGAAGACCGGAGACUUAGCGAAGACGACUUUACCGUUCAUCGCAAUAACAGUCGGCCUCACGUUCACAUACCGCUCAAGUCCAUUUCCAAGUCCAAGAGGAAGAAGUCCACGUCGUCACUGCCGUCCAAAGAACCGGAUGCGGACUUGAAAAAAUCCGAGUACCAAAGGGAUGUAACCGAUUCUGAUAGCGCUUUGAGUCCACCAACCACGAGCCAACAAACGUCCAGCAACAGUGGUGAUCCCUCGAAUUGUAUAAUGAUUGGCAACGGUGCUAAUUCUGUGGACAUUGAAUCUGACGGUUCGAGAGUCGAAGACGCUCUUUUGAGCAGUGAAUGCGAUACACCAAUGUACGAACCACCUCAGUUUGGACAUUACUUUCGUCAGGAUUCGACCGACAGACGUGUACAGUUUAAUAUUGAUGAAAAGAACGAGGAAGACGCUAUUAUCGAACACCGAGAACGUGAUACGAAUCUAGUGGAACCACAUCAGAAUGAAGAAGGUGUUAAGAAAAAGAAACGAAAGCACAGACAUCAUCGCCGCCAUCAUAGUCGACAUAAACACAACGAGCGAGAGGUUUUUAUACCUCAAGACGAUUUGCAAAUGGAAGAGAAUUUGGACGAGUUUUUGCAAGACGAUUUGACAAGUCACAGGUAUGAUUGCGGUAAGGAGAAGAGACGGUUUAGCGGUAAAAACAAGGGCUCGUUUUUGGUGCCUUACGCCGGCGACAUUGAUGGGACUCUGAUCGCCGGGUUACCAAUCAGGGUGAUCAAGAAAUACAUCGACCACAGUCCGCACGCGGUGUUUGUACAAUUGGACGAGCUGAAAGGCAAAGAAGAAGACCGCGAGUGGAAAGAAACAGCCCGGUGGAUCAAGUACGAAGAGGACGUGGAAGAAGGCACCGACAGGUGGGGACGUCCUCACGUGGCUUCAUUGAGUUUCCACUCGCUGUUGAACGUCCGCAGGUCGCUGGAGUCGGGCGUCAUACUGCUGGACUUGGAGGAGAAAGACCUGCCCGGCAUCAUAUACCGGGUGGUUGAACAGAUGACAGUCGAAGAACUUAUCAACUCCGAAGACAAAGCGGCCGUCAUGCGGCUGUUGUUGCUCAGACACAGGCACGUCCAACAGGACUACGAGAAGUUCAGUAGGUUUAUCAGGCGAAACACGUCCAGCUACACUAGUCUCACGAAUCUCAACGACGACGGUAAAUCGAGAUUGAAGAGCACGAUGUCCACCCACGAAAUGCACUCCAGCCCCAAGAUCAGUUUCAACAGCAACAACAACAACAUCAACAACAACAACCACCACCACCACCACCACCAUCAACAGCAGCAGCAGAACCGGCCGCUGACGGACUUGCAGAAAAACCAUACUUCGAUCGACAUGAAAGAGGAGACGUACUCGUCGUCGGUGGAAGACAUGGUGAAGAAAGCGCAAAAGGAGAGCAUCCUGAAGCGCAUACCAUUCGGCGCCGAGGCCACGACGGUGCUGGUCGGGUCCGUGGAUUACCUGAAGAAGAGAACGGCGGCGUUUGUGCGACUAGCCGAGGGCGUCAUGAUACCGUCGCUGACCGAGGUGACCAUCCCGGUGCGGUUCAUGUUCAUACUGUUGGGGCCACCCGACCCCGACAUAGACUACCACGAAGUCGGACGGUCCAUGUCCACCCUGAUGUCGAACUCGGAAUUCCACUGUAAAGCGUACAAAGCCACCGAGCGCAAAGAACUGAUCAGUUUGCUUAACGAGUUUCUCGACAGCAGUAUUGUGUUGCCGCCUUGCGAUUGGGAACGCGAAGAGCUGUUGUCGCUAAGAGAGCUCAAGGAGAAAAGCGAACAGAUCAAAAGACGGAAGACUCGCGCUUCUUCGCAAAAAUCCGUGGCGACAGUUACGAUGGUUAGUCAAAAACAUGUCGGCGACAAGGACGAUCCGUUGAGACGUACGAAGAAGCCAUGGGGCGGUCUAGUCAAAGACAUUAAGCGCAGGCUGCCUUUUUACGCGUCAGACUUCACUCAAGGGCUCAACUUACAAUGUAUAGCCGCUGCCAUUUUCAUAUAUUUUGCCGCCUUGUCUGCGGCCAUCACGUUUGGAGGACUUAUGGCGGAUAAAACCAAAAAUAUGAUCGGAAUAUCAGAAACUCUGAUUGCGACGUCGGUGGCCGGCGUUUUGUUCUCGCUGUUUUCUGGUCAGCCCCUGUUGAUUAUCGGAACGACCGGACCACUAUUGCUAUUCGACGAAGCCCUGUUCAACUUUUGUCGAGCCAACGAAAUAGAUUUUUUGGCUAUGAGGGUAUACAUUGGCGUUUGGUUGACGGUGAUUGCUCUCCUGGUGAGCUGCGUUGAAGGCAGUGUCUUGGUAAAGGUGUUCACUCGGUUCACUGAAGAAAUAUUCUCUUCGCUCAUAUCGUUGAUCUAUAUUUGGGAGAGUCUGUCAAAGUGUUUGAAAGUGUUUACCAAACAUCCGUUGUUACCUCUGAAUGAGUAUUGUAUCGAAGACAACAUAUCGCGGUUUGAAAACGUCAUGUUUUAUGGGAACUCUACUUUCAACGACACAGUGGCUACCAACGAUACGCAAGCGUUUCGAAAAGUGGAACGAUCUUUGCCAAUCAAUCAACCCAACACGGCUCUGUUGUGCACCAUAUUGGCUCUCGGCACUUUCUUCAUUGCCUAUUAUCUCCGACAUUUCAGAAACAGCAAAUUCCUCGGCAGAAACAUCCGCAGAGCGUUGGGCGAUUUCGGUGUGCCCAUCGCCAUCGUAUCAAUGGUAGCAGCAGAUUACUUCAAUCCGGCAACGUACACGGAGAAACUCAAAGUGCCCGAAGGUCUUACGCCGUCUGAUCCAUCUAUCCGAGGUUGGAUCAUACCCCCUAAUGGACUUCACGGAAACAUGGACCCUUGGGUGCCUUUUAUUGCCGCCGUACCAGCAGUGUUGGUUUACAUUCUCGUCUACAUGGAAACCCAUAUCAGCGAGUUGAUCAUUAACAAGAAAGAACGUAAACUACAAAAAGGCAGCGGCUUCCAUUUGGACAUAGUGCUGGUAAAUUUUAUUAACUUGCUGUGCGGCUUCAUCGGAGCGCCCUGGAUGAGUGCAGCGACAGUAAGAUCCGUAGCUCACGUUUCUUCUGUGACGGUUAUGAGCCGAACCCAUGCUCCCGGACAGAAACCACAUAUAAUCGAAGUCAAAGAACAACGAGUCAGUUCUUUGGUGGUGUCCAUAAUGGUCGGUGGUUCGGUUAUAAUGGCGCCUCUACUGCGAUUAAUACCGAUGGCUGUGCUUUUCGGUGUCUUCUUGUACAUGGGCAUAUCGUCCAUUGACGGUAUUCAGUUUUUCGAACGUUUAAAGCUAAUAUUUAUGCCGGUCAAACAUCAUUCGGAAGCUGCCUACGUUCGACAAGUGCCAACGUAUAAAAUGCAUUUGUUCACGGCGAUUCAAAUAGUUUGCUUGUGUAUUUUGUGGGCUGUCAAAUCGUCGUCGUUUUCUUUGUUAUUUCCGUUUUUCUUGAUCAUGAUGAUUCCCGUCCGAUCUCAGUUGUGUGACAAAUUGUUCACGGCAAAAGAAUUACGAGCGUUGGACAGCAACGAGCCGGUCGAUAAGGUUGACGAUGAAGACGAACCAGACUUUUAUGCCGAAUCCCGACUACCAGGCUGAGAAAAUUUCGACAAGUGCAGUCGACAAAAUGUUUUCGGACGUUUAUAUGGUUUAUUUAAAAAUCGUGUGAAAAAAAAACUGGUUGUGCCCAUAAAAUUUGUCUCUAUGCAAAUUUACAGUAAACAAUCAUGUUGUAUACAAAUAUUAUUAUAACUACUAAGGUUAGUUUUUAGAUUGAUUCGUACGAUAUUAUUUUACUUAUUGUACUAUCAUUGUUACCAAUGACAAACAAGUCAUGUUGCUUACAUGGUACUUACUUUAAGCACUAUCAAAAUGUUUCAAAAGAAUUUGCACACAACCAUUGAGCAUUAGAAACUUGAUUAGCUCUUGUUUUCUCUGACUAAAUUAUAAAUGUUUCGAGUAUUGAGUAAAACUUUGCUCAAAUAUUAAUAAAUAUUGCUCAUUUUGUUUUGACAAAAUUGAUACUAAACAUUCCAACAUUUCAAAUAGGUUAGUUGUAAAUUGUUCGCAAAAAAAAAAAAUAAUUAACCUAUUUUAGUAAGAAGACUGUUUAUUGUUAAAUUGCUUUUUUGCUGUUAUGUGAUUUUUUUUCAACUUGUUUAAAUUUAUUCAUUAAAAAAAAAAAAAAUGUUAGUUUAUAGAUCUGACAUUAUGCACGUAAUUAUUUUAUAAGUAUUAAAUCUGUGUUUAAAAGGGCCGACACUAUUACUGUCGGGAUAACGAACCCAUUUAUUUUUAUUAUUUACCGAUAAUUGUAUUCAAUUGUUGUCGUUGUAAUAUAACUCUGACGAAUUUUUAAAGUUGUGAAACGCAGCCAGGAAAGUUGGAAUGUAUGAAUAAGAGGAAAGUCUGCAUAAAUUAGUGACCACUUCAAUUAUUUAUUGUCUUACACUAAUAUCGUACCAAGCGAUGGACUUUUAAUCGUAAUUAAAAUCUUCCCAUUUGGUGUGAAAUUAGUUAAAUUGCAAUUUUUUUCUUCUUAUAUUAGUGUUACUUAUUUUUUUUUUUUUUUGUAACUUGAAGCAAUCGUAGGAUUUUUAUAAACUGGUUCAAUACAUGCCUACAUGAUUUCAAGGGUUUUCCAGUGUCUUUUUUUCUAAAUAAAAUUAAGUGACCUAAUUACAAUAUAUUUUGUGAUGUGGUUGUGUUAAAAAAAAUACAUAUAUAUUGUCAAUGCGACCUCUUUGGAAGAUUUAGUCGCUUUUAUUUUUCAAGCAUUGAGAAUCGACCUCGAUGGAUAUUUCUUAUCGAUUUAUUAACCAAAUAAUAAUUAUUUAGUACCCCUAAUAGUCUUGGUCGAUUCGUUAAACUUUUUGUCGCUCGCAAUUUAAUGUUGCGUGAAAAAAAAAAUGUACGGAAAUCUAAUCUGUGAAAUUAUAUUUUUACCUAAAGUUGUAUUUAAUAAUAUUCUAAAAUACAUAAUUCAAUUUUCACUUGUGCACAAGAUGUUGUAAAAUUUAAUUUCAAUCGCACUAUGUUUAGAUGUAUUUUACUUAAUAGUAUUGGUGUAUUUUUUGUGCACUAUAUAAUUGUUAAUAAAUUAUUUUUAAGGGACGUUUAAACAAAAAAAACCUGUUAGGAUACCGUCUCGGUAUUAUUGUUAUUGUUUUUCAUACUUUGUUCGUACUUAUUGACGUUUGAUUGAAAAUCUAUUAUUAAGUAAGAUAUUUUCCACUGUGAUGUCGCAUAAAUUAUUUUCAUGUUACCCAACCGUUUUUGAUUUGAUUGAUAAUAUUUUAUUGAAAAAACGUGUCUUUUUGAUAUAAUUAAGCAAUUUAAUUGUUUCUAAAUUUACUUACUAAUAUCGUUGUUAUUUUCCAGGUAUAUAUAUAUAUAU